CGAAAAUAACCGUCUGCGCAGAUGCUCACGCAAACAUUCAAUAAACACCUCCCCCUAAAAAGCCUCCGCCACAACCCGUAUCCCGUCUGACUGUACUCUGCAGCCCGAACAUCCACAAACCUCGAAUGACUCCCGUCUUACUCCCCCCAACCAAAUACCUCGUCUCUCAAGCACCCAAUCCACAUCUGAAUUUCUUCCGUCUCCCUUUCCCGGAAUUUUCAACCUCCAAAAAACUUUCCCAUACGAGAAUGCCCCCGAAUUCUCACGAUCCAGAUCCAUUCUAUCGACUUAUCCACCACACCUCUCUCCCCCACUACCACGCAGACCAAAAACCCACCCGUAACCCACCACGAUGCUUACCUCAGACGCUUCCACCCUCCAACACCUUCAUCAACUCGCCCAGAUCGUCUAGUUGGUUAGGAUGAUACGUUGUGGUUCUUCUAUACAGCGAUCCGUGUUGACGGCGGUUCGAAUCCGCCUCUGGGCAGUACGAACUGAUCCAUCUGGGUCAGGUUCAUUUUUCCCCCCCGCCUUUUGUGAUGCAACAUUUUGAGGCUUUCUUUUCGCCUCUUUUCCUUUUCCUUUUCUUCUGCGCAGCU